ACCAAACAUCGACAAUAUCUUACCGAUACCAAAGAAUCUUUUAUAGACAAAACGAAACCUUUAUUGUGGGAAGCUGACUCACGUCACCACCACAUUCACCCAAUACACAAAAAUGUCUGUAGCGUCAAUCAUGUGCUAGAUUCAUAACACCCAAUCAUAAAAAAAGCUUCCUUUCCUGAGAAAUUGAGCUCCAUCGAAAAUGGGUCGAAUCAGUUUAGUGGUUUCUGAUCUUGUUCUGUCGUUUAUGUGGAUAUGGGCAGGAGUUCUGGUCAACAUCUUAGUCCACGGAGUACUCGGGUUCAGCCGGAAAGAUACGACCGGCGAUAUCGUCCGUUAUCUCUUCUCCGUCAUCUCCAUGUUCGUCUUCGCUUUCCUUCAGAAACUCACCAAAGGUGGACUUUAUAACCCUUUGACCGCUUUGGCUUCUGGUGUCUCCGGUGGCUUCAGCAGUUUCAUCUUCUCCGUCGUGGUUCGCAUCCCCGUCGAGGUGUUAGGAUCAAUCCUUGCGGUUAAACAUAUCAUUCGCGUUUUCCCUGAGAUUGGAAAAGGACCAAAACUAAACGUAGCAAUCCAUCACGGCGCUUUAACGGAAGGGAUACUAACCUUUUUCAUAGUAAUGCUCUCGUUGGGACUUACAAGAAAGAUACCAGGAAGUUUCUUCAUGAAGACUUGGAUUGGUAGUAUCGCUAAGUUGACUCUCCAUGUUCUUGGAGCUGAUUUAACCGGUGGAUGCAUGAACCCAGCUGCUGUGAUGGGAUGGGCUUAUGCACGCGGUGAACAUAUAACACAAGAGCAUUUACUUGUGUAUUGGCUUGGACCUGUCAAGGCUACAUUGCUAGCUGUUUGGUUCUUCAAUGUUGUCUUUAAGCCUCUGACGGAAGAACAACAAGAGAAACCUAAGGCUAAAUCUGAGUGAGUAAUGAGGUCAGCUCUCCUCUACAAACACACACGAAGGGUUAGAUUGUUGUAUCCAGGGAAUGUUGUGUGUUUUUAUGUAGCAAACUCAGUUGUAUCAAUCAGUUCAAUAAAAUGUUAAUUUUGGAUAA